AUGGUUUGCGUGCCCAAAAUACGCCGUCCAUAUCAGCGAAAGCAAAUCGUAAAGCUUUUCUACGAAGGAAAUGAUGAACAGCUGUAUGAAUGUCCAAUGUGCAGUCUUACCUGUACAAACAUUCAGAUUCUUGAAGAACAUGUGGAUUUACACUUAGAGGAACACAGCUUUUCAGAAGGUGGAAACUUAAGAGAUCUAGAACUGGCUCAAUGGCUCCAAACUGAAGAAGAUAAUCGGCAGAGAUCAGAAGAGGAGAAGCGAGAGAAGGAAGAAUUUAAAAAGCUGCAGAGACAGUACGGCUUGGAUAAUUCUGGAGGCUACAAGCAGCAAUUCCUAAAGAAUAUGGAAAGGGAAGUUGAUAGAGGAAGGAUGCAGCCUUUUGAAUAUCACAAGAGAAGAGCUGACAUGAUGGAAUGUUUGGCUUUUGGUAUAGAUGAUGGGAAAACAAAGACCUCCGGAGUCAUUGAAGCACUGUGCAAGUACUAUCAGAACGAAAACAAAGAUGUGAGGCACGUGUGGCUUUCAACAGGAGUAGAUCACUUCCACUCAUCUUUGGGCGACAAAGGCUGGGGUUGUGGUUACAGGAAUUUCCAGAUGCUCCUUUCCUCACUGUUGCAAAACAGCUUGUAUAAUGACUGCUUGAAAGAUACUACAGUAAUUCCUGGUAUACCAAAGAUUCAGUCCAUGAUUGAAGACGCCUGGAGAGAAGGCUUUGAUCCUCAUGGGGCGUCUCACUUCAACAACAGAUUACAUGGUUCCAAAGCAUGGAUAGGAGCAUGUGAAAUUUAUUCGCUGUUAACCAGUCUCAGGAUAAAGUGUCAAAUCAUUGACUUUCACAAACCAACUGGCCCUAUGGGUACACACCCUCGUUUAUUUGAGUGGGUUUUGCGUUACUAUUCUAUAGAUAACGAAGGUGGUGCAAAGGUAUUGUGUACUUCCAAACCACCUAUCUACUUGCAACAUCAAGGUCAUAGUCGUACCAUUGUUGGAAUAGAAGAGAAGAAGAAUAAAACCUUAUGUUUGCUACUGUUUGACCCAGGAUGUCCUUCUCAAGAAAUGCAGAAAUUGCUAAAACAAAAUAGUGAUGGUACUAGUCUCAAACUACUUCGGAAAUUUGUGGGUAGCCUAAAAGAAAAGCAAUACCAGAUAGUGGCUGUAGAUGGUGUACUCUCAUUGGAAGAGAAAGCUGCUCGCUGCCGUUCUUCUCAAGUCUUAACAUCAGAGAAGAUUCCUUAA